GGCACUCUCUCCAGCCUGCAGCCUCCGGGAGUCGGUGCUGUUCACCCCGCGGGCCAGGGAAGGAAGGAAGGAAGGAAAGACGGACAGACCGAUCUGUAUUUGCUCCGCUCCCUUCCCCUCCCCUCCCUACCCAUUGCCCACCACCCACCACCCACCCACCCCUAGCAGGAAGAGUUGCAAGGUUUCCUGGUUUGGGCAAGAGUGUGCAGCAACUGUGAGGGUGGGGGCUAGGGGUGGAGGAGUCUUCUUUUGUCCUGGAGGAUCCCUGGCAGGAGCCUCCAAACUUUUUGCACGGUGAGACCCCUCUGCGGCCAGACAGAGCAGACCCAUAGUUGAUCUGACUCCGGGCCAAGGAUGGUUAGGGCGCACCACUCCCGGGGCCGCUGCUGGCCCCCUAUGGGGGUACUAGUGGCUUUUGCUGCCGGGCUCUGGGCUGGUGGCAUGGCCAGUGAGUAUGACUAUGUGAGCUUCCAGUCGGACAUCGGCUCCUACCAGAGCGGGCGGUUCUAUACCAAACCCCCUCAGUGUGUGGACAUCCCAGUGGACCUGCGGCUGUGCCACAAUGUUGGUUACAAGAAGAUGGUACUGCCCAACCUGCUGGAGCAUGAGACCAUGGCUGAGGUGAAGCAGCAGGCAAGCAGCUGGGUGCCCCUACUCAACAAAAAUUGUCACAUCGGCACUCAGGUUUUCCUCUGCUCCCUCUUUGCCCCGGUCUGUCUGGACCGGCCCAUUUAUCCAUGCCGCUGGCUCUGUGAGGCUGUGCGGGACUCCUGUGAGCCCGUCAUGCAAUUCUUUGGCUUCUACUGGCCAGAGAUGCUCAAAUGUGACAAGUUCCCAGAGGGAGACGUCUGCAUUGCUAUGACCCCUCCAAACACCACGGAAGCCUCCAAGCCCCAAGGCACAGCUGUGUGUCCGCCUUGUGAUAAUGAGAUGAAAUCUGAAGCCAUCAUAGAGCAUCUUUGUGCCAGUGAAUUUGCACUGAGGAUGAAAAUAAAAGAAGUGAAAAAAGAAAAUGGAGAUAAAAAGAUUAUUCCCAAGAAGAAGAAGCCUCUGAAAUUGGGACCAAUCAAGAAAAAGGAACUGAAGAAACUCAUCUUGUACUUAAAGAAUGGGGCUGACUGUCCUUGUCACCAGCUGGAUAAUCUCAACAAUCAUUUCCUCAUCAUGGGGCGGAAAGUGAAGGCCCAAUACUUGCUGACGGCCAUCCAUAAGUGGGACAAGAAAAACAAAGAAUUCAAAAACUUUUUGAAGAAAAUGAAAAACCAUGAAUGUCCCACAUUUCAGUCAGUUUUUAAAUGAUUCCCUCUCAAAGGGUGGGUUUGAGGAGGGGGAGGGUGGGCUGGGGUAAGGGGUGGGGGAAGAACACAGCCCUGGAACCUCGGUGGUUCAAACAUAUGGCUCCUUUUGUUAGUAAUGGAUGUUGUGUCUAUGUUUAUUUUGUGUGUAUGUGUGUGUGUGUGCUUGUGUGUGUGUUCCUGUAACUCCCUUCAAAGCUUCUACUUCUAUAUUUCCCUUUUCACUUCCCUCCGCUUUUUCUACAAUCCCUUCUUCUUCAUCCUCACCCCAACUUGCAAGACAAGUCAAUAUUGAAAAUAAAGAUAUGGGGUCUAGGAGGAACCAGUGACAUUGGAGAGCCAUUUUAAGACUUGUAACAUCCACCCCCAUCUUCUCACCUUCCACCCCGCCCCAGUCACUACCUAAAACCAGGUACAGAUCCAUUUCCUUCCAAGAGGCAUGACUAUUUAGGAAGGGAUAUCUUAUAGCAAAGCCAGAUCAUUUUGAGAAUUAGGCAGUGAGAAAACCCUCCAAAUGCCAAAUUCUACAACUUUGCUUAUUUAGGUGAUAAAGUGCUCAUGAAUUCAUCAGCAAAAAUCUACCCUGGGGGAUGAACUGAUUCUAGCUAGUCAAUAAAUCAAGUACCACCUAAUUAUAAGUUAUUUCCCUUUUCUGUGUUUCUGUAAUUUUUUAAAACUUCAGACUAAUAAAGUGAUAUUCAUAGAAAAAAAUCUUUAAAAUACAGUUUGCAGCCCCCCCCAUCCCAAACAAAGCUUUAUCAAUGCAUGUCCUCCCCCAAAAACCUUGCCAUGAUUUCUUCAAUCACCUUCCCAAAGAAUUUACUUCUUUCUGGGUGCAAUGCCACCCCCAGGCUGCUCUCAGAUGCCUUCUUAGUAAUGCUCCAUGAUCCACUAGGGUGCAUAGGAGAAGGUUAGAUUUUCCUGUGCUUCCUGUCAAAAAGAGGUAAUACCAUGGGCAUGAAGCUGCUGACAUGAAACAGAUGACUUUUUUUUUUUCAAUGACAGCACUUUCAGACAGAGCCUGAAGGCAAUACUUAGUGGUUCCAAAGAAACUUGUUUAAAGGGGGAAGGGAGUUGGAAAGCUGUUUUAAAACAGCUUUGCAAAUAAGUACUCACCCAGCAUAAAUCACAGGUUAGCCUGGGUAAGGAACAUAGGGCUCUGAUUUCACUGACUUUCCUGUUUAUGUACCUCCUAGGGAGAAGGAGAUCUGGCAAUUUUGUUGUUGUUGUUGCAUUAGUUUCCAAGGCUUAAAAAACCCCAACAACAAGCAAGCAUCCCCCCAACUCCGCCCCAAUUUUGUGGUUCAGUGCAGAGGAGAGGUGAAGACAGACCAAGAUUCCUGGGUUGUUUUUAGGCCUCUUUGCACAGGAAUGGCACACUCUCUAGGAAGUAUUAGCUGGUUUUGCAUCCAAUAGUAAUAGUACUAGUAAUAGCAUUCAUACAGUGUUUUAAAGUUUGCAAAAAAAAAUCAUCACAUACAAUUUCAUUUGUUUCAAGAGACUCAAGAUAACUGAUGAGAAAACAUGGUUUUCUCAUGGUAGAAUCAUUAUGUUCUGGGUACAUCUUUUUUCUCUAGCCUCAAAAAAGCAAAUCAAGAAACACUCCAAUUUAAGUCUGGUUACUUGAAGUUAAGGUUCAUAGAGUGACUCAAAAGAAAGCCAAAUUAACCUGCUGUCCCAAUUCCUCUUUAUUUUUUGUGGCUCUCAUUUCUGCCUAGUGAAUCUUCAGUUGUCCCUAGCACAUGCAAAGAGCACCACUCACUGUAUUAACAUGAUAAAUUGUGUUAAUACUUCAUUUUAAAAAGGACUUUCCACCCACCCCCAACCUUCUUGAAAGACAUUUAUUUUUUCCCAUUGUAUUUUCUCUAAGUCCACCGUAGGGCAGUUAGUGAUCAGACUUUAAAAAGUGAAUCAGUUAUGACUUUUGGAGCCCCAAAGGUCUGUAGGUACAGAAGGACUCUCCCCUUAUAGGGAGAUGUGUUUCCUCCAACUUGUGGUCUAUCACAGAAGCCAGGCACUGUAUACUCAGGCCAGAGACAGAAACAACUAAAAGUCUUUGGCAUCUUUAUAAGAAUUCUAUUUCAAUCCUCCAUCUGCCCCUUGGGUUGCCUGUUUAAGACUUAUCAGUCAUCAUAACAUAAUUAAUGAAUUAUAUAUCUUAUGAAUAUCUGGAUCCCUGACUCUGAUAACAUAUUGGGGAGAUUGAGGUAAAGGUUGAUUUGAUUUGUGUGUAAUAUUUCAGAUGAGGGUUUUGUGUUUGUUUUUUUUUGUUGUUGUUGUUGUUGAUUUUUUUACACAUAUAUGUACAUUAGCUGAUUAGAAUUAAAAAAAAAAACUUUUCUGUUGUCAAACUGAACUUAAAAGCAAGUCCAUGACUUAUAGAAAGAUAGAGUUUAGAUUUGAUAAUUGAUUGUAAACUCAAGCAUUUUUUUGUCUGUCUGCCAUUUUUGAUCAAAUUGAUAGCAUUCAGGAAUAUGUUUAUACAAUGACAGAGCCUUCUUUCCACAAUUAUCUUAAAAAUUCUGAUAUAAUGGUUGAUAUUAGUAAGAAAAAAGUUUAUAGAAGAAUGAGAGGCUACUUUCUGUCAAUCUCCACUAAAUGAAGAUUCUAAAAAAGUAAGCAACAUUUAGGGAAGAGCUAAAUAAUAAGACAAUGAGCUUUUCCAUUUCUUAUUUUCUUUAGUCUGCAAAUGGCUUCUGCUAAUGUGAGCUCAUCUUCCAAGCUCCUGGAUUUUGGAUUUUUACUGUGCAUGCUACAAAGUUUUUCAGUUAAAAAAACAGCCAGCCCUAUCUGUGAUUUUGCAAGCAGUUUCCAGAAAAGAUGGAGGUCUUGAAAACUUCUCUCCCUUCAAGGGCAGCCUUUACAUCUGAGAUACUGGCAUUUCCUGGAACCAGAGCAAACUUAAACCAAAAUUGUGAACAGAAUUAUUCCACAUAGAGAUAUGUCCAAAAUGAGAUAUGAUAUUGCAAGUUGACUUCUACACAAAAAAUCACAGCAACUAAAAUUUAAAGGACCUUACAUUCCCUUUCCCCUGAAAUCUUCAAAUCUUUUUCUGUUAUUAGGUUGGGCUGAGAGGAAGGUUAUAAAGAUGUUAGAGCCAGCACCAGGAGAAGAUGGUCUGUGUAGUAUAAAGAGAAAAUUGUUGGACUCUUUAAUGCCACAUUGGUUUUUUUCUCUUGGUACCAUGGAGAGCCUUUCCCUGCCCUGCAGCAGAAACCAUCCUGAAUGUUUGACUCCCCACCUGCAGUAGCUGUUGUUGGAACAUGGCUUUAAAAAGUCUUAAUUUCCAUUUAUUUCUGUAAAUUGCAAAUUUUCCACCUUCAUAAAAAAUCCAAACAACAAUAAACAAAAACCCAAACUUGCCAACCUACCAAAACAGACCUUCCAUCCCUCCAGGACUUCAAAUAGGUAGAAGAAUGCCCUCUAUUAUUUCUGUAGGAGUUUCUAAGCUUCCUUUGGUUAUUGUCAUCCUCAUUCUCUCAGUAUCUGUUUGCGGAGCACACUUCAGGCAACAUGUAGCAGAAAAGGACUAGGAGCACCCACCCACAUCUUCCAGCAAAUGUAUGGAACACAGUGGUGAAGAAAUUGUGUGUCCCUCUGGAGCCCUCAAGUUUCCUUCUCUUUUAUAUUCCAUAUCUUAUUUGAAAGCUUUGAAUACUGUGAAGAUGUUUUCCAUUCCAUCUCAUUUCAGUGUUGUUGUUUUUCAAUCUGCAUUAUUUUACCAGAUGUUUUGAUGUUAUCACUUAUGUUAAUAGCAAAUCCAAUAUUUGUUCAUCUUAUUCUCAUGCUUUUCCUGCCAUGUAUCAAUAUUCACGUAACUAAAAUUGCUCAAUUAAUCAAA